GUGGGGGCGUGGAUUGCGCUGCUGGAUUAGCAUAAGGGGCGUGGUUUGUGGGUUCAUAUAUAGGGUGUGGGCGUGGUUUGCGCAGAGGGGCGUGGCCAUGAAGGCGGCCAGGUACAGCGCGUACCUGCCCAGGUGUGCGGGAACAGCGAUUUCCCACACAGGUGAGAGGAGGGGAGGCGGGAAUACCUGCCCAGGUAGACGAGGCGUGGCCACAGCGCAGGUUCUGAGGGCAGGAAAUGCCCGUCCAGGUGGCAGGGGUGUGUUGGCGGCCAGGUGAGAUUCCGGCCAGGUGAAAGGGGAGUGGCCGCGUUGUUGUGAGGGGAAGGGGGGGGCCGGAAGGUGCCGGCGGCCACAGAGGCCCAGGAGCGAUGAGGAGGCGGCGGCGGGAGCCGGGAGCGGAGCCCGGAGCGGGGCCGGUGCUGCUGCUGCUGCUGCUGCUGUUGGGAGGUCACUGGGGGGUGACAGCACAGGAUGACACAGUGCCGUGUGGGACCCCCGUGCACCGCAGGGUGGUGGGGGGCUCGGGGGCGCAGGAGGGGCAGUGGCCCUGGCAGGUCAGCCUGGCCUUCAGGGGGCGCCACGUCUGCGGGGGGGCCCUGAUCCACCCGGCCUGGGUGCUGACGGCGGCGCACUGCUUCCCUCCGGACAACCCCCUCCCCGAGUACCGCGUCACCCUGGGGGUGCUGCAGCUGCUGUCCCCUCCCCCCGAGGCCCAGGUCAGGGCCGUGUCCUCUGUCACCAUCCACCCGGCCUAUCGCGACUAUCGCGACGAUCGCGACGGCGCGGCCGAGCCGUGGCCGGGGGGGGGGAACGUGGGCGGGGACCUGGCGCUGGCCCGGCUGCACCCCCCCGCGCUCCUGACGCGCUUGGUACGGCCCGUCUGCCUCCCCGCCGCCGCCGUCACCUUUGACCCCGGCAGCAACUGCACCGUCACCGGCUGGGGACACGUGCGGACAGCGGUGCCGCUGCCACCCCCGCGGACGCUGCAGCAGCUGGAGGUGCCACUGCUGAGCCAGCGCCACUGUCACUGUCUGUACGGGCUGGGGACAUCGGGGACAUCGGGGACAGGGACAGAGGGGCUGGGGACACCCGCCCGUGACACCAUCUGCGCUGGCUUCCCACAGGGACAGCGCGACGCCUGCCAGGGUGACUCCGGCGGUCCCCUGUCCUGCCAGCUCGGUGGCACCUGGCACCUGGCGGGCGUGGUCAGCUGGGGCGACGCCUGCGGUGUCCCCGCCCGCCCCGGCGUCUACACGGCCGUGUCCCCUCACCUGGCCUGGAUCCUGUCCCUUGUCCCCGAGCUGUCCCCGCGCCACCCCCCCCCCAACGUCCCCAAGGCCACCCCCGAGCCCCCCCGGGGGGACGGGGACCCGUGUGACAUCGGGGACAUCCCCCCGGGGUGGCCGCGGCCGCUGGACACGGGGGUGGGACAGGGGGGGAUGGUCCCCGACUCGGACUCGGACUCGGAGGGGGGGGAGGGGCUGAGGCUCCGCCCCCACGACGACCCCGCCCUGGCCCAGGCGCGGCGGGUGGGGGCGGGGCUGCGGGCGCUGGCGCUGCUCGCCGCCCGCCUGGAGACGCUGCAGGAGCGCGAGCUGGGGACGCCCCUCCCCCCGCCCGAGCUGCACCAGGAGCUGCAGCAGCUCCGGGAUGAAAUUCAGGAUCUGACCCGAAAAAUCCGGGGGGAGCUCAAAGGUCUGGAGCCCCCCCAGGAACAAAACCCGAAAAGCGUCGGGGGCAGGGCCAGGAGGACCCAGCACGGGGUCCUGGCCCAGCAGCUCCUGGGGCUCACGGGGCGGCUCCAGCUGGGCCAGGCUCGGUACCGGCAGCGCUGCCUCGAGCGCCUGCGACGGCAGCUCCACAUCGCCGGGAGCCCCCCGGUGUCGGAGGAGGAGCUGGAGCAGAUGCUGGAGUCGGGACAGAGCGAGAUCUUCGUGUCCAACGUUCUGCUCUCGGCCCGCGCCGCCCGCGCCGCCCUGGACGAGGUCGGGGAGCGGCACCGGGAGCUGCAGAAACUGGAGCGGGGCCUGAGGGAGCUGGGGGAGCUGUUCCAGGUGCUGGGCAGCGCCGUGGAGGGGCAGGGGGAGCUGCUGGACCGCGUGGAGCGCCACGUGCAGGACUCGGGGGCGCAGCUGGGGAAGGGCCGGGAGCACCUGGGGGAGGCGCAGAGGAGCCAGAGGGGGGCGAGGAAGAAGCGCCUGGCCCUCGCCGCCUGUGUCUCGCUCGCCCUUCUCGUCCUGGUCGCCAUCGUGGCCGGCUCGGUGGCCGCGGGCUGAGCCGCGCGCUCCCCAUUGGCUGCGGCAGCUGUCAAUCAGCGCUGACCCCGCCCUCCGCCGCCUCCUAUUGGCUGGAAUCCGGCCGCGCCCGCCCACGCGGUUCCUAUUGGUCGGGUUGUGCUGUCAAUCACUGUAACGGGGGUUUCCUAUUGGUUGGGGUGAUGUCACCGCGUUGGUCACGCAGCCCCGCCCAGCGCGGUUCUCAUUGGGCGGUUGUGCUGUCGAUCAAUGUAAGCACCGCCCACGACGGUUCCUAUUGGCUGGCGGCGACGUCACUCAUUAAAGCACUUUGCACGCGGGCGCGGCUCCGAAAUCGCGCAAAAAAAACACAAAAAAAAUUAAAAAAAAAUUACAAAAAAUAAAAACAUAAUUUAAAAAAUGGGAAC